AUGAAGCUCUCCGGAUUUUGGAGUUGCGCCUUGCCCGGGUUCGCAUUCGCUGGCCUCGCAUCACGCAGCGCACAAUACGGUCCAAGCGUAACAUUGGGCCAGGGCACCCUCGUCGGUAUCACGACUCAGAUCGCAUACGCCGAUGUCAAGGUCAACAAGUUUCUUGGAGUACCCUUUGCCAUCUCGCCCCCGAGGAGAUUCGAACCGCCUGAGCCUGUGCCGUCGUCUUCGAAGACGUUGAGCACGACCCAGUGGAGCGCAAAGUGUAUCGAGCAUGCGGACCCUAGUAUACUCGUUGAUGAUGCGGAAGAGAGCGAAGACUGUCUUUAUCUCAACGUUUAUGUUCCAGAUACGCCAACCAAAGACAAGGCUGUGCUGUUUUGGAUCUACGGAGGCAGUCUCAAAUUCGGCAAUGCGGGCCAGCCUGCCUACGACGGCUCCUUCUUCGCAGCCUAUGAGGAUGUCAUUGUGGUAGCUGCAAACUACAGAACCAAUGCCGACCCUUUCAAGAUUAAAGCCAUUGUCAGAAAUCUUUCUCUUCCGUUCCCUCCCAUCAACGAUGGUGUCACACAGAAGCCCACGCCGCUCUUGAAGGCACGGGAAUCCGGCCAGGCGGCCCCCGUUCCCAUACUAUUGGGUUCAAACGGCCUUGAAGGAUCUCUCUUCGUGCAGCCAUUCGUGAAACAGCUGCGCGACCUCCCAAGCGACGCGGCCGCAAUCGGCCUUGUCGAAGAGGUUCUGGGGAAUGUACUAGGGACGGUAAUCAACAGAUUCCUUGCUCCUGUGUCUCGAGGAGUGACAUUGGUUUUAUUCAACCUUCUGUCGAGAACUCUCACAGAUGUGUUGUAUACUUGUCCCGCGGCUCUCGUGACAAAGGCAUCCGUCAGAGCUGACAACCCUACCUGGCGAUACUACUUCAAUGCAACGUUCCCGAAUACCCAAGCCCCUCUCAUACUCCCGGAAUACGGCAUCGACAACGUCGGCGCGUAUCACGCUUCGGAAAUCCCCAUUGUGUUCGGAACCUAUGGUAUAUACGACAAGUACGCCCCCUCGACGGAGGAACAAAAGGCGUUGAGCCGGUACAUGCUGCGGUCAUGGGCCAGCUUCGCCAAGAACCCUGACGGUGGCCCCGGCUGGACACAAGCGACGGGCCGGAAGCAGAGCACCAUCGGGUGCCUCGGCUGUUAUGAGAACCCAGUGGGCGUGGCCGAGAUCAGCAGCACCAGGACGGACGGGACCUGCCGGCUGCUGAACAUGGUCUACACGGCGAGGGAGCCGCUGUUCUAG